GUCUUCUGCACUCUAUGGACGUGCGGACCCAGGUUUGCGCUGAAGACGGAGGCGGCGGUGUCGUGCGAGGACCGCGUCCUCCUCUAAAGACGUACUUGGAUGCUCACGUGCCCGCUCCGUUCGGAUCCGCUUUCUCGUUUAGUUCGUCGAGCGACAGUACGCAAGUGAACAAGCGAGCUUAUUCUGAAGAAGCCGUGUCGUCCUUCAGCAGCGGAAAGAAAUACACCAGGAGUCCUCGACCGGUGCUGCAAACAUGCGCCGAUCUGCAAAGGCAGUGCGCCGAAACAUACUGGCGCUUUUGGGACCACGAGGAGCAGCCUGGCGCUAGAGACAUCAUGACAACUGCAAGAACCCCCGAGGAAGACCAGCAGACGAGUCGGCAGCGUCAGCCCGACGAGCACGACCAUCGGCCUCCACUUUCUGCCGCAGGACACGACGAUCACGCGGGUGGUCCUCGUGACCCGCCGCGCCGGCCUAUUCUAUUCGACCUGAUCAUUGACGACGGCUUCCACUCUCCACGCGCGAACUUAGCCAGUUUGAGUUUCUUGUGGCCCUACCUAGGCGCGGAGCCCCUCGGAAGGUAUGUGGUUGAGGAUUUGACGAUGCCCUUCACGCACGUCGACGAAAAUAUAUAGAGAUGAAAAAGGUGAUCUUCCCGCGUGUUCUUAUCCCUAAGAAAAAUCGCGCCAUACCGUCGCGAUUCGUGGGGUUUUUUUAUUCUAGGCAAGGCCUGGCGUGUCUGAGGCUAACAAAAGCGCCACCGCCCAGGGCUAUCCAAAGCUUUCGCCGCGCAUCAUCCAGAGGGUCGCGCUUUCGUGCUUAGCGCAGCCCCAGCUCAUGCGCCAGGGAACGCUCUGCGCACUGACAGAAUAACCGCCGGCCACUGCGUCCAAGUUCGCGCGCCCGGGCGCGAGCUGAUGCCCCACCCAAAGAGCCCCCCCAAGCCGGGGCUACGCCGGCGGUCGCACCGGGCCGCGGCAGUGUGCGCGCCCACUCGUCUCUCUUUGUGUCAGGCAGCAGAUGAUGGCCCCUCCGGUGUUGUCUUUGGUGCCUGCGCCGUGCCGUCGGUCCUAAAUUAGGACCGGUGGGGCGCUGGCUCCAUAAAAUGAUAUGUAUAUGGCUAGGGGACCACGUCCACGAAGCAAAGAUGGUGCUUCAGCUGCGCACGUUCCCGCUCGUGCAUAGAUAAGAACACUACUGCAGCGACCUGCUGUGGUGUUUUGGGAUGAAGCAGAGCUGUAGCUUCGGCUCCAAAUGUUCCCGUUCUCGUUUUCUGUUGCUCUUAUCCUCCAACUCCGUGCAUAGAUAAAGAAGUUCUCAUCUAUGCACGGAGAUGAUUGGACGAUCAGAAUUGAAGCUUCUCCUCCAGAUGUUCCCGUUCUGUCAAAAAUGCUGUUCUUAUCCCUCCUGUUCGUGCAUAGAUAAGAACACCAUUUUUAGGUCGUUACAAACAUGUUCUUAGAGCGGCGUAACAAACUCCAAAAGAGUAGUUGCAGGCCAACUUCUCAUCCUUCCACCCGGCCGGGUGGAUGAGAAGUUGGCCUGUCCGCGUCGCCAGCCCAUCCGGCUCCGUCCCGUCGUUGCCCCAGAUCCCGGAUCCCCCAGAACGGUCGUGUAUCUGCAAAUAUAAACUCACUCUCCCAGAAAACACUCCCACCACCCCAUAAAUUUGCAUAUACAACACAGACACUAGCUCCUAUUUUCAAACGCAACACAGAAGAGAUGCCAGUUUCUAUAAAUGCAAUACAUCAGAAUCAGUUUCUAUAAAAGCAAUCGGAAGGUAUGUGGUUGAGGAUUUGACGAUGCCCUUCACGCACGUCGACGAAAAUAUCGGCAAGGUCACACUUUUCUUGGAAAACAUGGUAUCGCAAGAAAAAACUGUUUCACUGUAAACUUGUAAUGCAGGAAAUGUAUCUGAGAAGUGUUUGUCUUGCUACACAUGCAAGACAGUAGAUUUUUGCCUGUGUUUUCCUUUAGGGCUCUCGCAUGGCAAAUUUUUUCUGUGAUGUAGAACAAGCUUGUGAUGCAACACUUGCAAAAUCCUUACAGUGAAACACUUUUUUCAUGCGAUACAUGGUUAAGCGAAAUUACCAGCUCUGGGGCUGGCGAAAAGUAGAGGCGAGGACGCCGCAGGACGAGGCGGAGAAUUUCACCUGGGAGGAGCACGAGCAGCCCGAAGAGACUGACAAGUUCGUGUUUCUUUAUCCGUCACAUUCAUGGUCGUGGCCGACUCUAACGGCGCUAGAAUUGUGCGACGAUGUAAUGAUAAUUGCGAUGAAAUUGCAAAUUCAUAAGUAUCUAAUGAGUUUGUAUUUUUUUUUUUUGGAGUAGUUAAUCAUGAAACUGUCUGAUAUGAUGUCAGUGUAACGGAGUAGGGUCUUCCAGUUAGUAGCUCGGCUCUGGAGAAAACAAGAGAGCGCGCUACGCCUUUCACGAAAAAAGAAAGGGAGUACGCACCACAUCGUCGACGUAGGUACUUCUUACGCGCAACUGCUAGCAGCUAGUAAGUCGCGCCAGCAUUGAUGAUCCCUCAGCAAUAUCCCCCGCAGAAAACGCCCUUUUUCAGCGUUCUCACCAGCCGGACCAGUGGCGGUUCAGUGUUAAUACUAGACAAGACCAGCGCAUCCGAGCAAAUGAUUCCGUCGGUCGAGUUAUUCCCUGAAAAUCGACCAUCUCCAUCUAUUAAUGUCACCAAAAAUAUCAAUAUGAAUAUGGAAAAGAGGAAAAGCUUCCCGCGCCUGCUUUUGUUAUGCAAAAACUGGAUGCGGGUGGCGAUGGCAUGGUGCAUUUCCAGGGAAUGCGACAAUCUCGACGAGCUUGCGCAUGAAAUGGAGCUCGACAAUAUUCUUGACCACAAAAAUAUCCAAGAAAAAAAAAAUCGUAAUUCUAGCUUCCUCUGUGUUGCAGACCGACGAUGUAAACAGAAACACAGAGAAGCCUAGUUUGAGUAUGACCGGUUGUGAUGUGAUUUUUUGUAGUAGGCCUAGAAAAGGCAGAGGGACUGGACUCCCUGCCCUUGCUGGCCGAUGUAGUGCUGUCCGUCCAAAGAAAUCAUUGCAAGUCACACCUACACGAUUUUUUUCUUGGAUAAAAAAGCUCGACUCGCGAUCAACUUCGGGUGGAUUGAGAGCUUCCUCUUCGACAAGUCGGAUUGAAAUUGCCGAUCACGACGCCAUCGCUCCGGCCACGACUGUGAAUGUUCCUCUUCCUACCACGUCAUCAAGUUCUGCGAAUGCUGGUACCGCUACAACAUCACGGCGGAGCCUCGAAAGUGGAUCCACAGGGCGCGCAGGAGUAGAUCCAGAUAUCGAGAAUCUUCAUCAGCAACACAAAAAUCUCAUCAACCACUCGGAAAUGCAAGGAAAACAAGUCGAAGAGAAUGUGGAUUAUCCUGCGCCCGGCGCGCCUGUACUAGCUGCUGCUGUUCGCAGUCAACAUAAGACUCUUUACGCGCCUAGUGAGCAGGCCGUAGUACCUCGCGGCAAGCAUGUUGAUGUGCUUCCGACAGGAGGGUUCGCUGAAAUCAAGGAUGAUGACACAGACUUCGCCGGGAGUCCGCUCACCGAAGAACUCGCGCUAGCCGUGCAGCCUGUGGACUACGAAAACUUCUGCUGGGAGCGGCUGGACGGGGGGCGAGCUUUGCUCGAGGGACCGCUUAUGCAUUUUUGCAAACAUCUCAUUCUCACCUGGGUCUGGAUUGGUGAACCUUGUGUGCGACUUCUGAUGAUACUGUUAGGUGGUCUUUUUAUUUACCUCGCAGAAACUUGCUCCAUCUCAUCUGUCGUGUUGCAGAAACGCAAAAACUUGCCCGCUGCUCGCUAGUACGCAUAGCACGAAAGUUUCGCACGGUAUACUUAGGAACUUUCAAGCAGCUUUCGCAGAAUCAAAAUCUGCUAUGCUUUUGUCCGCAUUCUAGACCAUCUCAUCGAUCUGUGUAGAAGUCCAAAAAACGGCUCGUGACAAACGCGCGUGCUCUUCCAGACCCAGACACAUUUGCAGUGGAUACCGCUGCGCGCACUGCAAAAGCUGCCGGUGACCAAGGACUAUCUGGAAACGAGCGGGUAUGCGGCCGGCGUGCUGACCCCGGCCCUGUUGCGGGACCCGGUUAUGUUGCGAAAGCUGCAGCAGGGUCUUUUGACGGCUGUACAAGCGCGCCACGCGAUCUACGUGCGGCUCGAAAGACAAAAAGUGGUCCAUGACCUCCUCAGAGGCCAGGAGCACCACACACGCUACGUGCUCGGUUAUGCCUUGGACGGUCGUUAGCAUACAGGGCGGUGAACAAACUCCCGUGAAUUUGUAUUGCAUGGCCUGCAUCUACUUACUUGAAAAUGAAGUAAGCUCAAAGCUGCAAAUUAAUUGUGGACAUGAGCCUAAGCAGCCCACGCAGCUCGAGGCUGCUGCUCGCCUGGUGGCACUUGCAGCACCCGGGGAAGUGGUCUUGCAGGGGGGGCCCGCCGGGCUGUGCAGUGCGUAUUUCACCCAGGAAGGUGGAUUGUGGCAGUGUGAUUGUGCGUAGUUGCCUCUCCUGCAGUACUUCUCCGGAAUCGAUAGUAGGUCGAAAGGAAGGCCGACGCCUACGCACAGGGGCACUAGUUCAACACGUACGAGGCUCUCGCGGAUUGCGGUUGGCCCGGCUUGGAGCUGGAUACCCGGGGACAGCCUCUGGAACGGGAGCCACGAUUCGGCGGGCGCUAGCUUCGCCUGCUGUGGCCCACAACUCCCCAGGGAUCGGGUCUUCUUUCCCCCAGAGCAAGUCUUUUUCGACGUGACCCGCAGGUCAAGAAUUCUCUUGGUGAAUUUUGAGGAUUUUUCUUUUUGCGACACUUUUUUGAAGCCCCAAAACACGGAGUUUCCCAUGCGCUAGCGAAUUUUGAACAGGAGCCGGAGGCCAAAAUUCACCGGCGCCCUUUUCAAAAUUCACCCCAAAACUCACCGGGCGCCCCUUUUCGACCGUGAUAAGCAAACUUUAGCGCAGAAAAGUGCUGAAAAAAGUCCGCAAAUAGGCCCUGGAAUGUGGGGCCGAGGGGAAAAGACAAGCGCCCUCUGUUGCCCUCAGCCCGUCUAGAUUCUGCCGAAAAGGCCUGGAGAGUUCACGCGCCUGCCGGAUAGACGCGUCAAAGCUCUCGGCCUGGUCCUUUCGCCCUUGCUUUAGCGCCUUCGUCUUGCCUAAAAUGUAUGUGCUUCGCGGCCCUUGUUUUUGGCAUCUUUGCCGCGGCUGCUGCAGUGCUUGCUCUUCUGCAAGCACAGGAAGACGAAAAGACAUGGCCAAAGAACGACGCCCAGGCCAUGUCCAGCUGCCCGCCGCAUAACUUGCGAGUUCUGCGGUGUGCAGAACGCUCUUCCCAGAAGGGCGAGAGGGACAAUGGCCCGGCAAUCUCCUCUGCUAUUUGUCAUGCAAAAUUCACUAGAGAUUCAUCACGUCUCAUGCUAAAGACAAAAAGUGGUCCAUGACUUCCUCAGAGGCCAGGAACACCACACACGCUACGUGCUCGGACGAGCACAAGCGGGGAGAGCGGGAUCUUCGCAGGAUCGUAAUGAUCGAGCGAACAAAGGCAAUGCGGGCACGCCUAGUACCUCCAGGAAAGAUCACCGGGGGAAAAUUCACGUUGAAGAUGAUCGCGAGGUGGAGCGCACUGUUUUGCGAUCCAGUAUUAACGAAAUCGCCACUGCGGAUGAGCAGCGGGAGAGACAGCGUCAGCGUGCGGCACCGCCAGAACUAGUAGUAGAGUCGGCUUUUCUCAACAGCACUGAGCUAUUGCUUGACCUGCGGCGUCAAUCACGAUUUGUUGCGAAAAAUCGAACCUUUGCCAACUGCUGCGGGCGCGAGGGACCUGACUUAGACUGCUUUCGCAGUCAGUACAGUCACAAACUGCCGCAAAACUGGAAGACGGACAGUUGGACAUACAUAUACCGGCUCGUGGUAUCCGAUGCAGCUGACAGCACUGUGUGAUUUUCAAAAUGUUCUUCGAGGAAUGGAAAUUCGAAUUGGUGAGGCGCCACAUGAACGCGCAACUUCAGACCUUCUUAAUGGGCACGAAGAGAACUCUCGCUUCUUGUUGUUUACUUAUUCUUCAUCUUCAAGGCUUGUAUGUGCCUGCAUGUCUUAAUCAUUGGACACGAGCAGCAGGGCAGAUUUGUUGUUUCUCUUUCUAGUGGCGUUUUGCGUGCGCCGUCCUCUCGCCCUAUUCCUAUCACCAAGUUCGAGCAUCCUUCCCUGGAGGAACCGGCUCUUGCUUUCGUCAAACAGCAAUGACCAGUAAGAACAGCUUCGAAGAGUUUGUAGUUUGAAAAUCGCAACACGCUUUGCAUUUGCAUAUGCAGCCCAUUGCUGUAUUCCCGAAACGAUCAGGAGAACUGCUGAGACUUAUGUGUAUCCCUAUCUGAAUAUCGAUUCAUUUAAGAAGUAGUCAACGAAAUUCAAAUUAUGAUGAAGCACCAGGAAAGAUGCAACAUCUUAUCAACGAAGCUCAAGUACUAGUGUGCGUGUACUCAAUCGAACGCGAGGACCAAGUUAGAAAAUCUUGUGUUAUGCCAUAACAUGAUGGGAUUACUCGCAUGGUCGAGCAACCGAAGCAGAUUUUUGCUCCUACCAUACUUCUCACACUGUUGUUAACCUAGAGUACUGCUCUACCGCACCUC